GUAUGCAUAUCAUAUGAUUCAAAUUUUGUAAUGAUGAUAAUGAUGAUGCAAUUAACUGUUGUCAUCAACUGAGUUUAUUGUAUGAUAUAGCAUCAUCUAUUGGAUUCUCAUUAAUAAUUGAGAGAGUGUGACAUGAACAAUUUCAUCAUGCAAAACUUUACUGAGAGAUUAAGACCUCUUGUUGGUUUGAAUGGCUGGGAUUACAUUGUCUAUUGGAAAUUAAGUGAUGAUCAAAGGUUUCUUGAAUGGUUAGGAUGCUGUUGUAGUGGAAGUGAAAGUAAUCAAAAUGUUGGAGAAGAACAUCUUUUUCCUAUAUCUUCAUGUAGGGAUACAAUGUUUUCACAUCCAAGAACAAAGUCUUGUGAUCUUCUUUCACAACUUUCCACUUCCAUACCUACAGAUUCAGGGAUUUAUGCACAGGCUUUAUUAACAAACCAGCCCAAUUGGUUGAACUAUCCUAAUACCUUGGAUCCAAACACUUUACAAGAAACAAUUAAUGGGACCCAUGUUUUGAUUCCAGUACCUGGUGGACUAGUUGAGCUCUUUGUCACUAAACAAGUUGGUGAAGAUCAACAGGUAAUAGAUUUGAUUACAUCUCAAAGCAUUGCAAUGGUGGAUCAAGAAGGAAUGAACCAUUCAUUUGGCUUCAAUUCAAUGAGUAACAUGCAAUUAAAUCAAGUUCUAGGUGAUGAAAAUGAUGGAAAUAAAACAUUGAAUCUUCCACAUGACAUUUCUGUAAUGAACUUCAUGCAACAGUUCAAUUACAGUUACAAUCAGCAACAAAACAGAAUAAAAAACGACGAAAAUUUCUCCGAAGAAUACCAUGGUUCAUUCCUUCAUGAUCUUGAAAACAAUAACAUUCUCAAAUCAAACACAGAAGAGGAAAAUGAUAACAAAAGUUUGAUGACAGAUAAUAAUCAGUAUAUGUUUGUUGAUCCAUUAGACUCAAAAAAGAAACAAGAAAAUGGUGUUGGUAGAUCAGAUUCUAUGUCAGAUUGUAGUGAUCAGAAUGAAGAAGAAGAUGAUGGAAAAUAUAGGAGAAGGAGUGGAAAAGGAAACCAAUCAAAGAAUCUUGUUGCAGAGAGAAAAAGAAGGAAGAAACUGAAUGAUAGAUUAUAUAAUCUUCGUUCUUUGGUUCCGAGAAUCUCAAAGCUUGAUAGAGCUUCAAUUCUUGGUGAUGCUAUUGAGUUUGUGAAGGAUUUGCAGAAACAAGUGAAAGAACUUCAAGAUGAGCUUGAGGAAAAUUCAGACACAGGAACUGAAAGUAACUGCAUUGUUAAUGGAAUUAACAAUAAUCAAUAUGUUGGUGGUGUUCAAGUUCAACCAGAGAAUCCUAAUAAUAAUGUUGGAAGAGCAGAACAUGGUUUUCAUGUUGGUAAUGGCUAUGUUUCAAAACAAAAGCAGGAAGAUGUUGGUGCUGUUACUGAUAAGCAGACACAGCAGAUGGAGCCACAAGUGGAAGUAGCUCAGAUAGAUGGAAAUGAGUAUUUUCUGAAGGUGUUCUGUGAGCAUAGGCCUGGUGGUUUUGUGAAAUUGAUGGAAGCUUUGAACACUCUAGGCAUGGAUGUAGUACAUGCCACAGUUACUAGCCACAAGGGUCUUGUCUCAAAUGUUUUCAAAGUGGAGAAAAAGGAGAGUGAAAUAGUUGAGGCUGAAGAUGUAAGAGAUUCACUACUAGAGCUGACAAGAAACAAAUCUACAUGUUGGAGUCAUGAGAUGGCAACAUCAACAUCAGAGAAUGGUGUGAUCAGUAAGGACCAACAUGAUCACCAGCUCCACAAUCACCAGAUUAAUGCUGCUGCCUAUCAUCCACAUCAAUUUCAUAGUUAACCUUUUUCAUAAUUAAUCUUUGUCAUUGAUUAUACAUUAUAAUGUUCCUUAGCAUAGUUGAAAUAAUUGAAGAGGUUGUCACCAACCUAUAUAUGAGGCAAUUGGUGUAUGUGUUAUUGUUAUACAAUAAUCUUUGGUGUUAAAUAUAUAUUUUUCAGUCUCUUUAU